AUAAACGCCAUACGGCAAGAAUGUCUUUUAGUUGAAAUAUUUUCUCCUGAAAAAUGAAACUUCUUUGGCUCUUGGGCAUAUUUGCAGUUACUGUGUCAUCACUUCCUGUUGAGGACACACGCGUUAAUGGCGAGAAUGGUUGGUAUAUACCACAAAUAGAUGGCUCCUUUGUUUGGAUGGACAAAGAGGAGGCUUUAACUGCACUUGAACAGAUGGAAGAAAUUGAAGGACGUUUAACGACUGUUCCAGUUAACUACUACUUGUACACAAAAGCCAACCAAUAUACACCACAAGAAAUCACUGCCACAAAAAAAUCAAUUGAUGCAUCCAACUUCAAUCCAGCUAAUCCAACAAGAUUCACCAUUCAUGGUUGGACUUCAAGUUAUAAAGAUGGUAUGAACAGCGGUAUUCGUGAUGCCUGGAUGAAACAUGGUGACUACAAUAUUAUUGCCAUUGAUUGGGGACGUGCACGCUCUAUUGACUACGCUUCAUCAGUUUUAGCUGUACCCGCCACUGGCAAAAAAAUUGCCGGUAUGAUCGAUUUCUUACAUAAAAACUAUGGUAUGUCCUUGGAUACUUUGGAAGUAAUUGGUCAUAGUUUGGGUGCUCAUGUUGCUGGUUUCACUGGCAAAAAUGUUGAAUCCGGUCAAGUCCACACAAUUGUUGGUUUAGAUCCUGCUUUGCCUUUAUACAGUUUCGAUAAACCAAGCAAACGUUUAAGCUCUGAUGAUGCUUUCUAUGUUGAAUCCAUUCAAACCGAUGGUGGUCAACUUGGUUUCUUAAAACCAAUUGGUAAAGGUGCCUUCUAUCCUAAUGGUGGUAAAUCACAACCUGGUUGUGGUGUUGAUUUAACUGGUGGUUGCUCACAUGGUCGUUCCGUUACUUAUUAUGUUGAAGCCGUCAAAGACGAUAAUUUCCCCACCAUGAAGUGUGGUAACUACGAACAAGCUGUUGCUAAAUCAUGUGGCAGCACUUACAGUACCGUUCGUAUGGGUGCUGUUACCAAUGCCUACAUGGUUGCUGGUGAUUAUUAUGUACCUGUGAAUAGCAAGGCUCCAUAUGGCAUGGCUGCUUAAAUGUUUUUGUUGAGACAUAAUGGAAACUGAGUAAAAAUUGACUGAUACAAAUAAAAUUUUGAUUAUUAA